AUGGUCAAGUUCUACUCCACAGCCUACACCUACGACCACCCCUUCCCCACGGUCUCCCUCGCCUACUUCCUCCGCUACCCCAACCCCUACUCCCGCCACGUCGCCUCCACCGAUACCAUCUCCCGCCACUACGAUCCCGAGACUCAGCGCCUUACCACUGUCCGUCUGCAUCUCAAACGAUCUCGAUUACCUCCAGCCGUGGUAAGAUUAUUGCCAAAGAGCAGUACGCAAGGUGCAGGCGAGGAUGGCAGCACGCAGAGCUUUAUUUUGGAGAGGAGCGUGGUCGAUGUGAGGGAAGGGUGGAUGGAGACGGAGAGUCGGAAUUUGGACUGGAGGAAUGUGUUGAGUGUGAUUGAGCGGCAGACUUAUUCGCGGCCGGGGGCAACCUCAUUAUCACUCGACGGCGGCGAAGGAAGGGAAUCCGAGCAAACCAACGUCGCCAUCACAGUGACGCUGAAGUCGCGCAUCGGAGAGCAGCUUAGGAAGCGAAGGGCACGGUGGGGCGAGCAGGCGACUGCGACUUCCGUAAUAGGGGGGGAGGGGAGAACAAGCGAGAUGGACGGGGAGGCUGCCAGCGGAAAUGAGGCAGACGAGGCGCCAGCAAGAGGAGGGUGGUUUUCUACGUGGAGCUCUGGCGCAGUGCGUUCCGCUAUCGAAGCCAUCAGCCUGCAGCGUACAGAGCGCAGCCAGCCGAAAGCACAGAAGGGCAUGGGAGUUGUGCUGACGCGGUUACGAGAAGGCGGAUUGGAAGCCGUGUUUGAGGGGAUGAGGAAGGAUCGGGAGAUCGAGAUAUGA